CAAAAUCCGAUUUGAUAUAGAGACGUUUCGAUAUUCUUAGAAGUAAUCCUACUCCGUCUCGCAUCAUAUGUUUUAAUGUUAUUCUUAGUAUUUAUGAUGAGGUAACUAAGCAUGGCCUCUGUGUUGGCUCUGCAGCGAAUAUUUCCUCAUAACGGCAGUCUUUUAGGCAGGUUGGCUUCCAGAAGAUUAAGAGAAGAACGAAAGCUUUUAGAGAGGCCGGGAAGAAUCACAAGGGGAAAUGUGCGCUACCAGUCAACACAGACAUCCACACAAGUGCCACAAUCUCGCCAGCCGAAGAGACGGUCCAAAAAGGCUUCAACUAUUGACAUCAUCCAAGUUAAAGAUGAAUGUGUGUCCGAGCAGCGCACAAAGGUUACCCGCCUCAAUAGCUUGUCCUUGGAGCAGACUCUGGGUAGUGUUUCAACAGCAACCAUAGUGACAGAGCCUAAGCUAGGUAGCCAUUCAGACGGAAACCUUUUUGAGGAAGUGUCUCUUGAUAAAUUCAGUGACUUGAUAAAUUCCCAUCUAGAAAAGUCCCUGCGAUACCCCAGCAUUUGUGAAGCAGUAAGAUGGAAUGAAGGUGUUACGCACACCUAUGACGAGAGCUUUGCAUCUGGUGCAUUUGAAACAUGUGAUAAUAGGCUUAGGGACGGUGCAGUAGAUGAGGAACUGGUGUGUGAAAGAAGUCGGCUGGAGGUGGAGGAAGUGCUUGGACUUUCUGAGAUGGAUCUGUCCUCCCUCCUGUCAUCACACCCAUCUUCUGGCUUGACCUCCCUGCAACCACUGAGUGUAGAGCCGGAGGAUGUAGCGGAAAAGGGAGGUGCUCAAAACAACCCAAAAAAGAGUGGGGCAGGAGGUAAGAAGAGUAGUAAUAACAAGAAGAAAAUAGGAAAAGUUACCUCCAGCAAGAAGAAGCCCACAUCAGGGGCAAAGAAGAGCAAGGCCCAGAAGGGAGCAGUAAUGACAGAGACAAACACGACCAUUUUGAACAAUGAGCAGACCCCAGAGGAGGAUGACAUGUUCAUAGACCGGGACUCGUACAAGAAAUUGACAAGGGAAGAGGUGUCUGCAGCACAGACUGAGGACCUAUGCAGCACUGAAGAAGGAUUGGUUCCUGCAGCAGAAGGUAGUCCUGGGGUAGAUGGGAAUGUUAAGAAGAGCAAGAAGCAAAAGAAGAAGAAGCAGGAUGAGGAAGCCAGAAAGCGCAUAGAGGAAAUCAAGAGAAGAGGACGUGAGAUCAGCUUCAAUCAGUCCUUGGAGUCGUAUCUUAGUGUGUGUAUUAAUGUGGGAAUGCUAAACCGCGCGACACACACACUGCUUUAUUACCGCCGCCUCUCCAAGUACACCAACGGCAUGAGGGUCUCCUCCAUAGGGCCCUUCCGUAUAUUGCUACAGGGACAUGCUGAGAAGGGUAAUUUCAACAAGAUGGAGGAGCUGUUAAGGUGCAUGCAGGAGGAGAAGAUCCCAGCAGAUCAGGCAGUGUAUGGUGCCCUUCUCAGCUGCCUGGGACGACAAUUAGAGUCCUUUAACAACACUAGGAAUAUCCAGGGGGUCCUUACCAGCAUGAUGCGAGAGGGUAUAAAGCUUCAACAGGUGUUCAGUGAUGUAGAUUUUAUACGGGAUGGAUAUGAGUGCGCUCUGAGAGCUGUCCAGCGUGUGUCCCCCUCAUUCAAGCCCCAGCAGAGGCCCACUCCGGUGCACUAUGCCUGUAACCUUGUCAGCUCCCUCAAUAAUGACAUGUUCUCUAACCAGGUGCCAUCACCAGCUCGUGACCUGGCCACAAGCAGCUCUCUUCAUAAGUGGGCAGAGGAGCAGUUUGCAUGCGAGCUCAGCAGUGAGAUCACCAUUGAGAGCAUCCAGAACAAAGAUGUGACAGAUGAAGUUCACUUCCAUCGGAAGAAACUUGAGGCCUGGGAGAGCCGGUGGCGGGAGGUACUCUAUAGAACCUUUGUAGAUCAGGUCGACGCCAUGAAGCAGUCCUUCUUCUCAAACCGCCAGGACAAGCGCAUGUCUCUUUACCCUUACCUGGUAACUCUUCCUGCAGAUGAUUUUGUCAACGUCAUGAUGCAGGAGAUAGGAAGGCUAGCAGGUGGGUCAGAGGCCUUUUCCCCUUCACGCUAUGUGCUUUACCGGCGUCUAGGGGAGUUGGUGUUUAACCGCUACAGUGUGCAGUACAAGAAAGAGGUCGGAGUCAUGGACAAGCUCAAGCAAGUGUACAAGGACUACUGUGAUUGGUACAUCAACAGUCAGUGUAGAGAUGGGAUCUCGUACAUCCCUCGAGUCAGCUGGUCGGAGUUUGCUAGCCGGUACAGUGAAGGGCCCAGGCUAGAUCACAGCCCUGUGGAGUGGCCCAACACAGUUCAGCUUGCUCUUGGCCAGUUCCUCUACUCAAUGCUGCUCACUAAGGUCAUGGUGUGGAAGCCACUUCACUCAGAAAAGCACACGUACCCAGCCUUGUAUGAGGUAGAGCGGUCAUACGGCUUUCGUGUGGUGGAGGAAAUCAAGCCUUCCCCAACAUUGCUAGACCUCUACAGAAAGGCAUCAAAGACCAGCUUGACAUUCGAGGCAUUUGUAGCCCCCAUGGUGUCACCCCCCAUCCCCUGGGUCUCCAUGAAGCUUGGGGGUUAUCUGCUCACUGAUGCCAAGAUUGUAAGGUUGCCCUACAAUGCCCACCAGCAGAAACAGAGAAUGGUAGAGAAGGGGAACCAGCAGCUUUUCCCCGUCAUGGACUCCCUCAACCAGCUCGGUUCUAUUCCCUGGAUGGUAAACAAACCCAUGCUUGAUCUUCUCAUUGAGGUGUUCAACAACAAGGGUUCAGAUGAGUUGGAUGUGCCCCCACCCCCCUCAGAGCACCCUGUACCCCCCAAAAUUCAGCCAAAUAUGACGAAUGCAGAGAUCCACCAGAUUCGCCGCCAACGCAUGGACUACUACAAGAAGAAAAGUGAAAUGCAUUCCCUUUGGUGUGAUGCACUCUACAAGCUGUCUCUGGCAAACCAUUUCCGUGACAGAAUAUUCUGGUUCCCACACAACAUGGACUUCCGAGGACGUGUGUACCCCUGUCCACCACAUCUCAACCACCUCAGCUCAGAUGUAUUCCGCUCAAUCCUGCAGUUUGCACGAGGGGAGAAACUUGGCCCCAAUGGCUUGCGUUGGCUCAAGCUGCAUCUAAUCAACUUGACGGGCAUAGUGAAGAAGAAGAGCAUAGAGAAACGCUUGGAGUACUGCGAAGACAUACUGGAGGACAUCCUAGACUCAGCAGACCAACCCCUGACAGGCAAGCGAUGGUGGACUAAGAGUGACGAACCGUGGCAGACUCUCGCAGCUUGCAAAGAGCUGGCAGCAGCCCUUCGCAGUCCAGACCCCCACGAGUUUGUCAGCCACUUGCCCAUUCAUCAGGAUGGCUCCUGCAAUGGCCUGCAACACUAUGCAGCGCUUGGACGAGAUGAAGUGGGUGCUGUUUCUGUCAACUUGGCCUCGAGCCAUACUCCACAGGAUGUCUACUCAGCUGUGGCAGUGCUUGUGGAGGAAGAAAGGAAGAAGGAUGCAGAAAUGGGGAAGGAGAUAGCCAAAGUCCUGGAAGGUUUUGUGAGACGGAAAGUCAUCAAACAGACUGUCAUGACAACUGUAUAUGGGGUGACUCGAUAUGGUGCUAGACUGCAGAUUGAGAAACAGUUGAAAGCCUUGGAUGACUUUCCCAUGGACCAGCGCUGGGCAGCUUCACAGUAUCUGGUACACAAGACAUUCCACAGCCUCGAGAAAAUGUUUACUGCCACCAAGGAGAUCCAGGAUUGGUUCACCGAGUGUGCACGUGUUAUUGCACAGACACGGAGUGAGAACAUAGAGUGGGUAACACCUUUGGGCUUCCCCGUGGUGCAGCCAUACAGCAAGACAUCGGGGAAUAAAAUCUGUAUGGAAAAGUUACCAUCAUCCUAUAGCAUGGAUUCAUUUAUGCGUCCAAACGUAAUGAAGCAGAAGAAUGCUUUCCCACCUAACUUCAUCCAUUCUCUUGACUCAUCACACAUGAUGCUUACCUCACUUUUCUGCCAACAAGCAGGUAUCACCUUUGUCUCAGUUCAUGACUGUUUUUGGACACAUGCCAACACAGUGGACAUCAUGAACAAGGUGUGUCGCAACCAGUUUGUAGCCCUACACAGUGAGCCUAUCCUGGAAGACUUAUCAUUAUUCCUCCAAGAGAAAUUUGGUUAUGAUCGCAGGGAUUUUGCACAUGAUGGGUCAGCUUCAGACUCCUCCAAGAUGCGGCUCAACAAUCUAUUAGGCAAAGUGCCACCCAAGGGAGAUUUUGACAUAUCAAACGUCCUGCGCAGUACUUUCUUCUUCAGCUAACCCAAGCCCCCCUCCCAAGUUAAUUUAAGGCUCCUCUCACUUGCCUUCCUUCAUAGUUGGGUUCUUCCAGGAAAUCUCAUACAUCUCAUUGAGUCUUUUGCCGAGGACAGAGUCUCCCUCACCAAGGAAAAGGUUAUGAUGAAGAACCAGUAGUUCCAUGUCUUCUCAGGUAAAAUCUGUACAGAAUUUAUUUGUAAAGUUUACUAAACAAUGACACCAAGUGUUAUUCUCUUGUUGAUAGAACUGCUGGUGAUGGUAUUGUACAUUGCAUAAGAAGAAUGUUGCAAGCUUUGGCUGUGUUGUAAUAUAUUACUGCCACUCAGUAGAAGAUAUCCUGAUGGUGCUACAAUUUGAUAAUUGAAAUGAAAAGCUAGAAUUCUAGUCUCAGGAUGUAAAUGUCAUGAAUUAAAUCAAUAUGUUAAUAAAUGUUAGGUUUGGU